UUAAUUUUUUUUGGCCUUUUCUAUCCUUUUUUCAACUCCAUGCCCCCCUGAAAUAAAGUUAAGAGGAAGCAAGCAUAAAAGGAAAGUAGGCACUGCAAUAUUUCUGACUUAAGGAUCCAACACAGAUAUUCUGCCUCCCUCAUCUCUGAGUGAGACCACUGCAACAAAAUGGAAUAUGAAUGUAGCCCUCUUAGCUGGGAGUUCUAUCACCAAGAAGAGGGGUUAGAGGAUUUGAGGCAUUCUCUUCUGUACACAACCUUAGAGCUAGAGGCAACUAUUAUGUCAGCUAAGGAGGAGAUUAGCAGAAGAGAAUGUGAGUUAAUCCAUGCCAAUGAUCUUUUAAGCAGGGUCAUCAAAGAGAGAGAUGAAGCUCAAGCAAAAUGCCAGAAGCUAAUGCUGGAAAAACUAGACCUCCAACAAGAACUUCAACAGAAGCAGCAUCAACAUCAAAUUCAAAGGGAUACUACAUCACAAAGUGAAGAUGAGUUACAAGGUGGAUUCUCUGAGAAGCAUUCUGCAUCAGCUGGUGGUUCUGAUUCUGAAGAAAACAGCAUCAUCAUGCCUUCAACUCCACUGGAAGCAGUGCUGGAAUUAGCAGGAAAGAAGCCAUUGCCUGAGAAAGGGAAGCUCUUGAAGGCAGUGGUGGAAGCAGGACCAUUGCUGCAGACACUUCUCCUGGCAGGACCACUCCCUCAGUGGCAGCAUCCACCGCCACAACUCAAUUCCAUUGAGAUUCCUCCAGUGACCAUUUCUUCUCCAACAGAGUCUAGCAAGACUCUCUCUUUCAGCAAGAAGAGGGACCUUGUUCUCUCUUCAGGCUCUGACACCCCUGAUUCAAAGUGUAGAAAGGUCAUUUAGCACUCACCAACACCAGGGUUUUAAAUUGUGAUUGCAGUCGCGGUUGCAAGGACUUCAAAACCCCUUACAGUCGCGAUUGCAGGUCGCAAAUUAAAACCCUGUUAGCACCUUCCCCCGCUUCCCGUCAUUUCCUACUACCACACCCAUCUUUUUUCAUGAUGUUUCAUCUGCAAGGCAAAUCAAGAUGAAACAAGUGGAAAGUGUGCAUCAUCUCAACUUAAUUUGUCCCCAAUUCAACCAACCCUGACCUACUUUUUUCAUGCUGGAAAAGAGGUUCAAUUGUUUAGCAUUUUAUGUUUCCCUAAUCUUUUCUAAUUAUGUAUAUAUAAGGUUAAAUGAGGUUGAAUUCUGACAAAUUUGUUGGGAAAUGAGUAACCUCAUCUAAGUUUAUGACACAAUUUUGUACUUUGGUAGACAGGGGGUGGUGUAACCAAGCUUCAAAUGGCUUAGGUUUAGAUUUUAGUUGAAGGCUAUUGUUGUUGUGCUUGUGUUAUUUUCUAAGUUGUUGAUUUCUCUGCUUAGUAGAAUAAUGGUUCUUGAAAAUGCGCAGGACCAGCAAGCAAUCAUAUAUCUUCCAA